AUGGAGCAGAAUUCGUUCGCUAAUGAGGAUCCGAAGUUAUGGCUUAAAAAUGGGAUUGAACUUGCCGUGUCUUCACUUAACAUUUCGAAAACACCAGGUCAAGCUGUUCAGAUGGUGUCUCAAACGCUGCCAUGCCCUCCUAUCGACCAAACCCCGAUCUCGUCCCCAGUUUCUGCGUUCAGCGUAAUUGUCGAGGAAAUCCAAUGUCGACUCCAAGCUGACCAAUCCCCGUAUAUCAACAUUAUUCAUGCUGUGCCCCCGAAAUUCAGUUUAAAUAAUUUGCCGACUUCUCCACCCGGUACGCCAAAUCGAAUGUCUCCAGAUGACGACUACUUCAAUAUGACUGUGUUUUCUAGCGGUGCUCCAGUCCCUGCGUAUGCCUAUCAUAGUGACUCCACUUCACAGGAUUUGCCAUGUGUCCCAACGCCAAUUGCACCCCCAUAUAGUGUGCACAUCUCCAUAGUCGAACGUUAUCUUCCUCCACCAUCACCUCAAGAAUACCGGAAUCUUUUCUCAGCCACUGGUCCGUCCGUUCUUGUGGAUCGCCUGCGUGAACUGUCGCCUCAGGGCGGCAACCUCGUGUUGAUAUAUCCAACCCAACAAGGCGCCCGCACUUUCAAAAAUCAAUACCUGGGUCCAAUCCUUGACCCCCUUCUUCGUCAAAUGGUUGUGGUCAAUGAAUUGUCUGCAGACAUCAGCAAAGCCCUUGGCUCUAUGCCUGCCAUCUCUGAAAUGGAUGAUUUUGAAACUAUGCAGAAAAAUAUCAUGCAGCUCUGCAAAAAUCUAAAGCGGCGAGACUCCUUAAUGGCUGGCCCAUCACCGACUCGCAGUUCUCGUUUUACUAUGGUAUAUGGUGCCAAGGGUGAAAUCUGUAUGGAUCGCAAAUCGUGGAUUGAAUGGUAUAUUCAGCAGGAGACGCCAAGGGCGAGGGACAUCCUAAAUGGUUACUGGCGGGCCGGUUACCAAUUCCCAACCAACCUCAUGCUUUCGCCGGGUAGCCGUAAGCCGGCGAAUCGGGAUUUAUCUAGCCCAUCGCUUUUGCAGGCUCUUUUCCAGGGGCUUCGGAAUAGGGCAGAUGCCGAUGGAUCCUGUCUUGGGAAAAGCUUAGAGGUUGGCGUAUUUGUUAUUCGCAGAUCGCAGUAG